AAGAGAAAGGUGUAAUGGCGCCUCUUUCUUCGCUACUGCUAUUGGUUUCUUUGACCACGAUCGUCGCAGCAAAGGAAGUAUUUACCACAGACGGUGAUCGAAUCUCCCAUUCAGAGGAUGUUAUUAAGACAUUGCAAGAGAUGCAAGAACAGGAAAGACUGGAAAAUGCUCGUCAAAAUAAAAGGAUAUGGAAUCUUGAGGAAUCUAUCGCAAGAAACGAGGAAGAGAAUAAGAAGUUAAAGACCAAAAAUAAUGAACUCAAAAGUAAACUCAAUCAGAUGGAAAUAUCAGUUGGGAAGAUGGACGCCCAUGUGAAGAGACUGCAAAAAGAAAACCUCAAAUUGAUUAAAACAGUUAAAUCUCAUGCUAAAAUUAUAAACAAUAUUCAUUUUAGAAUCUUGAUUUGUAACAAACAAGGACUAGAAAAUUCUAGGAAGCUUGAAAAUUUGGUACCUGUGACUGGUGAAGAAGUGACUGAGUCUAAAGUGCAAUCAAAUUCGUUGCCUUCAUCUUCCAAACGGCUAUUGACUGGUAUACCUUCAACUCCUCAACCUAAUGGUGUUGCGUUUUCUGUCUAUUUAAAACCGCAAACGACACAUAUAACUGAACAUCAAACAAUCCUAUUUGACGGCAUCUUGACAAACGUUGGGGAUUAUUACAAUCAACACACAGGGGCCUUUACUGCACCCUUACAUGGGGUAUACGUUUUUACAUGGAACCUUUACUGUGAUGCAAACGGAGGACGCGUAUUCUCUGAAAUUGCAGUAAAUUCCCAUCAGAUAGGUAGCAUGUUUACUUCUGGUGAAGGUGUACCAAAUAUCCGGACAACCACCGGAAUCGUGGUGGCUGAAAUAAAUAAGGGAGAUAUUGUACUGGUUCGGACACAUCCAAUUAACGGUCCUACCGGACGUAUAAUUAGUAAUCCAGCUUAUAAGUCGACGUUCAGUGGAUGGUUCCUAUUUUGAAACAACACAACUAAUCUGCCGAAGAAUAUAACU